AAUGGAGAGCCUGCUUGGGUAUAUGUAGUAAAGUUGUUUGCUUUUUUGUUUUUUUUAAGUAACGAGUGAACAGUGUUGCCGGAAUUGUUUUUCCUCAUCCCGUUUUAAUUCAGACUGAUCUGAAACUGCGUUUUUUUGCUAUCUACAGCAUACUUUAUAAGUAAGUAUUAUAAACUGUUUGCCGGUGACGGACUGCGAGAUCAUCAGCCACAGCACGAUUUGCUUUCUUUGACUGUUGUCCGGUAAAUGUAUAUUAGAUGUGUUGGUUUUUGUUUUAUUUUCGAUUUGACGUCACAAGCCUCAGGGACCGUGACACCGAUUUCUUGCGAUCAGAAUAACGCAAUGGCUCCCUCUAUUGAAAAGAGCCGAAACCUGCUGUCUGAGAUAUAUCCUCGACCGUCUUGAUAUAAUUAUACUCAAGUGUUCUGCCCUCACUUCGUAUCCUAACAUAAAAGACAUCUGAAAGCACACAUGCCCAUACCUGCAAGUGCAAAUAAGAAUGGCAGACGUGUCAAAUCUAGACUAGUGCGACAUGACUAUCAACAUGACUAAAUAUACCUUAAUAAUGACUAAUGAUUUAUUUUAGCUAUAUUUCUGCGCUAUAACUAGAUUAUAUUUAUUUUUCCACUAUAACUACGUUUUAAACAUCAGAUUACAGUCGUCUUUGCGCAUGCCCAACUAGAACUGUUUGUAGUUUUUCUGGGUUCAUAAACGUAUAAAAGUAGAACUACAUUUCCCGUCAGCCCGUACUCGAGCUGUUUCCGUUCUGAUUGGCUGAUUCCGAAGGUGAAAGUUGAACAGACAUGUUUUUCAAGCCCGCACGCUGUUUUCAAACCUGCAGAAAACUCCUGGAGAGCAAUGUGACUUCAUACUUGCCUUUAGUGACUCCAAACAAACGAGGUCUAAAAUCAGGACACAUUCAGAACAUUUUGACAAAGCCUUUAAUCCCGAGGCUUAUUGGACUUGAAUUCCAUUGUCGCCACAAAUUGGUCACAAAUCCUGUGAAACUUUGGAAACUAUUAGACACUACUCACUAUUUCAGCACAUCCAACAGAAGACAUGAAAAGAAAGAAGGUGGAAAAGGGAAGACCCCAGAGGAGGAUGAAGGUAUUUUCUGAAUUUUUAAAACGGUAGUUUACAAACUA